AUGGUCGCAACUACCACUACCCCCGAGCCGUUCCACAUCAAGACCUUCACGCGGGAGCGCCUCAGCGGCGUGGAGGCCAUCGCCGCCUGCAAGUCGCACCACUACGUCUUUGUCCGCGGCGGGCGUGCAGACGGACCCGGUGCCGUGGACUGGGGUGUCCUCAGCGACGUGUUUACAAUGCACUCGGGCAUCUCGCAGCGCAAGUUUGUCCUCGUCGUUGUCAGCCCCGACAUCGUCUCGUCCCACGCGUCACUGGCCCAGAGCGUGCACGCCGCCGAUGCACCCCUCGCCCGCUUCCACGUGCUGCUGGUCGGGUACACGCAGGGUACCCUGGACGCGCUCUGCCGCGACGAGGGCGCGCACAUCGAGGACCUGGUCUCGCUCUCGAGCGCCGAGGUUGUUUAG